AUGGGCUUCAUCGGCGCAACUGCAGCAGGCCUCAUGGCCGGCCUCCACGGCUACAUCCUCGUCCUCGAGAUGUUCCUCUGGACCUCCCCCCGCGGCCGCAAGGCCUUCAAGCUCUCCGCCGACUUUGCUGAAAAGACAAAGACUCUGGCCGCCAACCAGGGCCUGUACAACGGCUUUCUGUCCGCCGGCCUCGUCUGGGGCAUCGCCCACCCCGUCCCCGAGUUCGGACGCCAGAUCCAGCUUUUCUUCCUCGGCUGCAUUGUUGCCGCCGGCUCGUAUGGCGGCGCGUCGUCGAACCCGCGCAUCUUCUUCAUUCAGGCCGUACCGGCGCUGGCUUCCAUUGGUGCCGUCCUUUCGGGCUACUAG